AUGGUGAGCAGACCUCCCCCAUCUCCACCGGGUGAGGCCCCGUCGCCACCUGGUCCCGCUCAGCGUCCAGGGUCCGAGGCGGCUUCACACCCCCUGGAAGAACCAGCUCCAGAAGCGGUGGUCCAGGGUCUGUCCUCAUCAUCCUCGCCGGAUGAGGCGGUGGUGGGGGCUUCUACCGCAGACCCCCCUCCUAUUGACUUGAGGGCCCGCCAAGACCUUCUUCGCCGGGUGGUGAAGGCUAUCGACCUCCCCAUGGCGGAGGUCCUGGAGGAUGACGACCCGCAGAAUGCCACUACCAUCUGGCAAUCACCGGCGUCCGUUCCUCCCACCGCGCGUGGCGUGAAGCGCAAGUACUCGGUCCCGCCCACCGGAUACGAGUACCUCUAUAUGCACCCGACUCCGGACUCCCUCGUGAUGGCUCUUUUCGCCCGUUACACCUUUGACAUCUUGAUGACCCUGGCGAAAUUUUCGGAGCUGAUCCCGACCGCCUCACGUCAAGAGUUUUCAGCCCUCAUGGAAGAAGGCAAAAAAGCCUCCCGGUCCUCCAUCCCGGCCGCUCUGGACUCUGUGGACUCAGGAGCCAGAACCCUGGCCUCUGGUUAUGAAUGCCGUGAGUGUGGGAAAUGCUUCACUAGCAGCUCAAACCUUUCUCAACAUCAGAGAAUCCACACAGGGGAGAGGCCCUUUGAAUGCAGUGAGUGUGGGAAAAGCUUCACUAGCAGCUCAGACCUUUCUAAACAUCAGAGAAUCCACACAGGGGAAAGGCCUUAUGAAUGCCGUGAGUGUAGGAAAACCUUCAAUUGCAUUUCACACCUUAUUAGGCAUCAAACAAUCCACAGAGGAGAGAGGCCCUAUGAAUGCCGUGAGUGUCGGAAAUGCUUCACUAGCAGCUCGGCCCUGUCUGUUCAUCAGAGAAUCCACACAGGGGAAAGGCCCUUUGAAUGCCGUGAGUGUGGGAAACGCUUCACUAGCAGCUCAAACCUUUCUCAACAUCAGAGAAUCCACACAGGGGAGAGGCACUUUGAAUGCAGUGAGUGUGGGAAACGCUUCACUAGCAGAUCAGACCUUUCUCAACAUCAGAGAAACCACACAGGGGAGAGGACCUUUGAAUGCCGUGAGUGUGGGAAAUGCUUCACUAGCCGCUCAAACCUUUCUCAACAUCAGAGAAUCCACACAGGGGAGAGGCCCUUUGAAUGCCGUGAGUGUGGGAAAAGCUUCACUCAAAGAUCAGUCCUUUCUAGACAUCAGAGA